AUGGAAACCCAAAAAACAACAUUGGUAUGUGUGUAUAGCCCACAUAAUUCGUCUGUGGCAGACGAAAUUGAAAAUUUUUAUACAACCCUUCGUUCAACCAUUGAGCAAGUACCUCUCCAUAAUUUUCUGGCUAUAGCUGGUGAUCUGAAUGCUAGACUAGGACCCGAUGAGACCAAGUUUACUUUCAACUCUAAAACUAAUCGGAACGGAGAAAUGCUCAAAGACUUCUUGGAGGAAUUUAAUCUCUACACCUCCAACAAUUCUUUUAUGAAACCAAAAGGUCAACUUUGGACAUUUGAGUCCCCACUUGGUGAUAGGGCACAAAUUGACUACCUCAUCUUUCGAAAGAAAUGGCGCAAUAGUGUUAAAGACUCGAGAUCCUACUCUUCCUUUAGUUCUGUCGGCUCUGACCACAGAAUUGUAUCAGCUACCGUUAAGUUUAGUCUUCGCUCAACCAAAAAAACUAAGCCUCACCCGAUCAAAAUGAUCGACUGGGAGGAAGUCUUAUCUAACCCCGAUAUGUCCAAACAAUUUACUAUUGAGGUCUAUAACACAUUUCAAUCUCUGUCUACUUCUGAAAUAGAUGCUGAGAACAUUGAGGAAGUAUACAGCAGCCUCAUCAAAUCAACAGAGGAAGUUGCACUGGCUACUCUUCCCAAAAGGAAGAGUAGGGGCCAGAGCAAACCUUCUAAUUCCCCAAAUGUCAUCGAAGCCAGAAACCAUCUAAAAUCUAUAUCACUAUAG